UUGAUUCUCUGAGGGGGAUUUUUCUUUUGCGCCUCUCUGUCUCACUCUCCUGGUCUCCCGUGGAAGAGGAGAGCGUUGUUGGCCCUCAGUUUGUUUGACAGGCUGCAGGAUGUCUUGGACCUCAACUUUUUUUCAACAACUUCAGAAUGAAGCGUGGAGACCUCGAUCAUCUGAUUGAUUCAACGACUCAAAGUUGACAUAUCCCUCAUGAGUUCUUCUCAUCGUCGCCAUAGCAACCGGCGACCUUGGCUGCAUCGCCAUCUUUUUGGCCAGAGACUUUAGUUGACCUGCUGUAUUCAGGCAAAGCCAGCUGUUGUUCCCGUGGUGAUCAGGAUGCAGGUGUCCAUAGCCUGUAAUGUUGGUGGUGGUGGCGGCGGUGGGGGCAGCGAGCACCCGCUGAAGGAGAGAAGGCAGGCCAACACCAGCCAGCCACCCACCUUCCUGUCCAAGGCCCGGGCGGAGCCUUCAGGUAGGCACACCUUGUUGGGCCAUGCCCACAUGAAGGAAGCGACCGGUCGUCAUAGCAACAUGAAAUACAGGAAUCUUGGAAAAUCAGGACUCCGAGUGUCCUGCCUUGGACUCGGUACGUGGGUGACAUUCGGGUCUCAGAUCUCAGAUGAGAUGGCAGAGAAUGUGAUGACGUUGGCUUAUGACAGCGGGGUGAACUUGUUCGACACAGCAGAGGUUUAUGCCUCUGGAAGAGCCGAGACCACUCUGGGGAAUAUUCUAAAAAAGAAAGGGUGGAGGAGGUCCAGUUAUGUGGUCACCACUAAGAUCUACUGGGGAGGACAGGCAGAGACAGAACGUGGCCUGUCAAGGAAACAUAUCAUUGAAGGACUGCGGGGAUCUCUCGCCAGAUUGCAGUUGGAUUAUGUGGAUAUCGUCUUCGCCAACAGAACUGAUAUCAAUGCACCGAUGGAAGAGGUUGUCAGAGCCAUGACCUUUGUGAUUGAUCAGGGAAUGGCGAUGUAUUGGGGAACAUCACGUUGGAGUGCCAUGGAGAUCAUGGAGGCGUAUUCAAUAGCUCGUCAGUUCAACCUGGUGCCCCCUGUUUGUGAGCAGGCGGAGUAUCACUACUUCCAAAGAGACAAAGUGGAGCUUCACCUACCGGAACUCUACCACAAAAUAGGAGUGGGAGCGAUGACCUGGUCACCGCUGGCCUGCGGCUUGCUGACGGGAAAAUACAACGAAGGAGUUCCUGAAAGCUCGAGAGCAGCAAUGAAGGGCUAUGCCUGGCUCAAGGAGCGACUGUUCAGCGACGAAGGGAAGAAGCAGUUGACUAAAAUCAAAGAUCUCCACCUGCUGGCUGAUAGACUGAACUGCACAGCAGCUCAACUAGCAAUAGCUUGGUGUCUCCGCAGCGAAGGGGUCAGCUCAGUUCUGCUUGGCGUGUCUAACACAGAACAGCUGCUGGAGAACAUUGGUUCCAUCAGGGUGCUGACGCAGUUGACUCCACCUCUCAUCGCUGAAAUGGACGCUUUGCUGGGCAACAAACCGCGCAGUGGCAAGAAGGAAACCAGAAGCUGAAUUUGGUAUUUUACACGAACAUGGAUCAUUCGUUGGUGGGACAAAUGUGGAGUGGACCAUGUCGCAGAUCAGGAAAACACCUUCCAGAGUUUCCAGUCUCUCGGUUGGGGAUGACCUCACCCUUGUACCUGCUAUCUGGGAGACACGGAAAUAUUUAUUCUUGUAGUUAUUCUAGGUUUUAAUCUUGUGUCAGAUGGUGCAGCUGCUGUCAUGCUAAAUCUAAAUUUUGAAUUCCUUCUGGCUUCCCCAUCCCUAGAAUGAGGUUGAUCGCUAUGACAACAGUUGCCAUCACACUGAACUCAAGUCUGAAUGCUCCUGUAUCCCUCCGCAUAUUUAAUAUACAUAUGAAUCUUUAUUUUAUGAAUGUAGAGGAGACUCCUGUAGACUUUAGACAGUAUUUUGACUAUAAUCAACUCAGUGACGGGUCGUGACUACGAGCAACAGUUCAACUAGAGUUGUGUGAAUGAAUAUGUCUGUGUUAAUAACCAUCCAAUAAUAUUUUGGCUAAAUAAACAAAUCAGCGUUGGAAAUAUUUAAAAAACUAAUUUAUUUUGUUGUUCACUUUUUGUUUGUUGAGGAUCUCAAUGUCAAGUUUAGCAAAGCGCUGAAUGUUUCGGGUGUGUUGUUAGUCAUUUUUGUGACAUCCAUGAUCAUAUUGAUCACUUACUAUGUAUGCAAUAAACACAAAACGCACUUCUGAGUCCCAAAACAAUCCAAGAUGUUUAGAUGAUCUAUGGAAUUCAAUCAUUUUAUUCUAAAGUUAAUUACAUUCAUAUUCAGUUGAGACGUUAAUCUGGAACAUGACGUCCGUGAUGUCUACCUCCGACUAAACCUUGUGACCACAGCAAUAGGUGGAUGAAGCAUGUCCUAAUCCUCCAUCUGCAGAAGCUAACACAGAGAAUGCUAAUAAAACGAUUCAAACAGAGUCUUGAGUUGAUUAAUGGAUAAAGAUCAUAUUUUACUUCAAUAUUGUUAUACAUAAUGUUUAUAAGGAACUAAAAACGUGAAUUUCUGUGGCUCGCCACACAAAAUAAAAGCAGAGAUGAAUAUGUUCACGCAGGAAUAGCAACAAGCAGCAAGAAGAUUCCCCGAGAGUUACAAACAUAAAAAUCUAUGUGAGAUAGCUACACUUUUACUAUCACGAAUGACUCACACAACAUUCACCUUUU